AUGGACGGAGUGUUCGACGACUCACCAUGGCGGUACGUGAUUCCGAUCAUUGACUAUGCAGACCGGGCUUGUCAUGGUAACUUCGGACUCCUUCUCACCCUCAUUUUUGUUUUGGUGUAUUAUGCUCUGCUGGGAGGCGGGCUGGGCCUGCUUCUCCAAACCUUCUUUGUUGGCCUUCAAUACCACCAUACCCUUCAGGAAAUUGUGCUCUCAUUUGGACAUAGCCUGUAUGGCAUCAUCAUCUCGGUUGCUGGUGCAGUUGGAAUAGCUGUCUUCGCAAUUUCUCAUUUCUUUCGGCCUGGAGUCACUUUAGAAGGACCAGCACGGCCAUUUCUGGUACCAUGUAAGACCACUCAUGUACGGCUAUUCCCCAAGAAACACUCCUUUGGAUAUUCAUACUUGGUUGUGGGGGUACCUGUGGGUAGCAAGGGUAACUUUAAUGGAAUGUUAGCAAUAGAUGAUCGAUUCAAUGGCUUCUGGAGCUUCAUGUGCAGAUUGGUUCGUGGAGGAUGGUAUACGGUGAAUGCCUCCGACUACUUGCAGAGGGGAAUAAGCAGUGAUGGGCUUCGAGGAAAACUGGACGAGUAUCUACAAUCUCAGGUGAGGGCGCUGAACCAUCCGACUUUCCCUAUGCCUACCUAG